CCACCGGCUAAAGGAGCUUUUUCCAUGAAAGACAAGAAGAUGGAUGAAUCUAAAUCAUCCCAUGUGGUGGAAGAAUACUUCUGGAUAGGCAGCAGUAUUGUAGCCUUCUCAAAGUGGAGGCUUGGCUACAUGGUGGAGAAAUGUAUGAGCUCCAUGCAGAGGGGUACGCAGAUGGUGAAGCUCCGUGGCAGCUCCAAGGGACUGGUGCGCUUCUUCUAUCUUGACGAACACAAGUCCUGUAUCCGCUGGAGGCCAUCACGCAAGAAUGAAAAGGCCAAGAUCUCUAUAGAUUCCAUUCGGGAAGUUGGCGAGGGUAAGCAGUCUGAGAUCUUCCAGCGUUAUGCCGAGGGCAGCUUUGACCCCAACUGUUGCUUCACCUUGUACUAUGGUGAGCACAUGGAGUCCUUGGAUCUUGUAUCUGGUAACGGUGAGGAAGCGCGAACCUGGAUCACAGGCCUCAAAUACCUGAUGGCUGGCAUCAGUGACGAGGACAGCCUGGCCAAGAGGCAGCGUACUCGAGACCAAUGGUUAAAGCAGACCUUCUCAGAGGCAGAUAAGAAUGGCGAUGGGAGUUUAAGCAUCAGUGAGGUUCUCCAGCUUCUACAUAAACUCAACGUCAAUUUACCACGACAGAAGGUCAAGCAGAUGUUCAAGGAGGCCGACACAGAUGAUAACCAAGGAACUCUGGGAUUUGAAGAGUUCUGCUCCUUCUACAAGAUGAUGUCGACCCGGAGAGACCUUUACCUCCUCAUGCUCACCUACAGCAACCACAAAGACCACCUUGACACAGAUGACCUGACCCGGUUCUUAGAGAUUGAACAGAAGAUGACCAAAGUGAGCAAGAGCCAUUGUCUGGAGAUUAUCAACAAAUUUGAGCCAUGUUCAGAGAACCAGAAGAAUGAAGUUUUAGGGAUCGAUGGGUUUACAAAUUACAUGCGCAGCCCUGCAGGGGAUAUCUUCAACCCAGAUCACUACAGUGUUAACCAGGACAUGAGUCAGCCGCUGUGCAACUACUUCAUUGCUUCGUCACACAACACCUACCUGAUGGGAGACCAGCUCAUGUCCCAGUCCAGAGUGGACAUGUAUGCCUGGGUGCUGCAGGCCGGCUGCCGCUGUGUUGAAGUGGACUGCUGGGAUGGUCAGGAUGGCGAGCCUAUCGUUCAUCACGGCUACACUCUCACCUCCAAGAUCCUCUUCAAAGACGUUAUUGAAACCAUCAACAAAUAUGCCUUCGUCAAGAAUGAUUUCCCAGUCAUCCUGUCCAUAGAGAACCACUGCAGUGUCCCUCAACAGAAAAAGAUGGCCCAGUACCUCAUUGAUAUUCUUGGGGACAAACUCGAUGUUUCUAACAUCAAAGCAGAAGAGUCUGGAUGGCUACCUUCACCAGAAACCCUGAAGGGAAAGAUCCUUGUUAAAGGUAAAAAAUUGCCUCCAAACAUCGACGAAAAUGCAGAGGAGGGCGAUGUUUCAGAUGAAGACAGUGCUGAUGAGAUGGAAGAUGACUGCAAAUUGAUGAAUGGAGACAUGUCUGCCAACAGGAAGCAAGUGGAGAAUAUGGCCAAGAAAAAACUGGACAACCUGAUGAAGGAGUCCAAGAUUCGAGAUAGAGAAGACCCAGACAGUUUCACAAUUGCUGCACUUCCACCUGCUGGACAUUUAGAUAAAACUGACACAAAGGCUAAAGGGCACGAUGGGUUAGUCACUUCGGACGAGGCUAACACCAGCUGCAACAAGCGCACUGGCCACUCGUUCAUGGGGAGCUUCUCAAAACGCAAGAAAAAAAACAAGUUGAAGAAAACCUCAAGCUUGGAAGACACAGAUACUGACCAAGAGAGCUCCAGCAGUGCAUCACGUGCACCCCUACAUCACAACAAAAAGAAGAAAACCAUGAAAUUAUCUAGAGCCCUGUCUGAUUUGGUCAAGUACACAUGCUCAGUGGGCCUCUAUGAUGUCGAAGCACAAGCCAACUGCAGCUGGCAGGUUUCAUCCCUGAGUGAAACCAAAGCCCAUCAGGUGAUGCAGCAGAAAGCCAGCUCUUUCAACCACUUUAAUCAGCGUCAGCUCUCACGCAUCUACCCCUCUUCAUAUCGUGUGGACUCUUCAAACUUCAACCCUCAGCCUUUCUGGAACGCAGGCUGCCAACUUGUUGCACUGAACUACCAGUCCGAGGGGCGGGUCCUUCAACUCAACAGAGCAAAAUUCUACAGCAAUGGCAACUGUGGCUUCAUCCUCAAACCCAAAUGCAUGUGUGAAGGUGCCUUUAAUCCCAAUUCGGAGGAUCCACUGCCAGGUCAGAUGAAGAAGCAAUUGGUGUUGAAGAUCAUCAGUGGACAACAGUUGCCCAAACCCAAAGAUUCAAUGCUGGGGGACAGAGGAGAGAUCAUUGAUCCUUUUGUGGAAGUAGAGAUCAUUGGCCUUCCUGUGGACUGCGCCAAGGAGCAAACUCGAGUAGUGGAUGAUAAUGGUUUCAACCCAAUGUGGGAGGAGACUUUAGUGUUUACUAUCCACAUGCCGGAACUAACCCUUGUGCGUUUCCUCGUGUGGGACCACGACCCCAUUGGUCAGGACUUCAUUGGCCAACGUUCCAUCGCCUUCAACAGCAUGAUGCCAGGUUAUCGCCAUGUAUACUUAGAAGGUAUGGAGGAGGCUUCCAUCUUUGUCCAUGUAGCUGUACAUGACAUCACUGGUAAGUGGACCCCUCUUUUACCAAAUGAUUCAUUUCGAAGCAGGACAUUUUUAGGAGAAAUGAAGCUGCCACUCAAAGCUCAGGCCAAAGCAGCCAGUGGCAUAAAAGGCCUGUUUCACAGAAACCCAAAGCAGGCCUCUCUAGACAGCCAUGCUGCUGCACAGCACAGCCGUAAGCAGCCGUUCGGUGCCCACAUCCUACGGCGCACUGCCAGCGCCCCGACCAAAGGCCCACCCAAAGUCAAGAAGGGCCUUCCUGAGAUUACCACUAACACCAAAGACUGCAACUCGGAGGGUACAAGCGAAGACCGAGAGUCUGAGGACAAGGCGUCUGCUUCCUCCUCUCACCAGCCAACAACACCACAACUCCGCAAUGGUGAUUCACUGGCAUCCCGCCAAGCCAAGGCCAGCAAGGAACAUCCUGAUUCCAAUGGCACUUUUUACGCCGAGGGUAAAGACUGUUCCACGGUGCGGAGCCCAACUGCUCCACUUUUGUCUCCUGCCCAAAAUUCUGGGGAUGCUAGAAAGACACAUAUCAACUGCUCUGUUACUGUUGUUGAGGACAAGUUUUCUUCGCAUUGGUCCUCAUCAUUGCUGCUCAUACCCUCCAUUCCAGUGAAUGCGGAAUCCCAUUUGGCAGUUACUUCAAAUCGAUUGCCUUGCAGUCCUACUGCGAUGACUGUAGAAGACAAACAAGCCAAAACACUCUCUCGAACGAUGUCUCUCCCAGAGACAAGCUCUACCGAACAAAACCAAACAAAAGUUACCCAAACCAUCGUAGAGAACGCAAAAAUCCAGAAGGAAAACCUUCAUAGUCUGACAGAUAUGGAAAAUAAUGAACCCGUAGUGAAGCCCAGAUUAGAAACAUCUGCUUCAGCAGUGACUGCUGAAACUCUUGUAGGUCUAUCUCAAACAUCAAACGGCAAUCUGGCAUCACACACGCCAGUAAGAAGAACAAAUAGUGAAGGCCAUGUUCGAGCAAGAGCCCAAUCAGUAGUUCCAGAAGUAUGCACAGAUGCUACUAUGAACGACCGUCUCUGGAGCAAGCUUGAUCCGGCUAGCCAUCGAGAUAGCAUGUCCUCAUCCUCAAGCGUCUCUUCUAGUGACACGAUCAUUGACUCGUCCCUAAACAACUUGGCCAGGAAAAGUCUUGCCAAAACAUGCGUCCCUUGUGACCCCCACUGUGCCAGCUGCCACCAUUCAGCACUCAUUUCCUUUGAUAGCCUUCAAGUCAACAGAAGUAUAUCUAACCCUAAUCUUCCAGAAAGUGAGUGUUUAACAGAUGGACACACGUCUCCCCAACAAGCAUCUCCUGUCUGCCAGACUAAUAGGCUUACACAAAGACGUCAUACCUGGAACCGGCUCUUCAUGGAAGAACUCAAGCAGUCAUCAGCUAGGACUCCAUCAACCUCUCCAACCGCAACGCCAACAUCCCUGUCCAAAAGCCUUGGGGAUCUCACCUCCGAUGAUAUCUCUUGUAACUUCGUCAGCAAGUACCGCAGCAUCAGUCGUAGCUUCAUCAUGAGGCCAACUAGGGACAAUCUUCGAAGGGGUAGCCCGGCAAAAGCCAGACCAAAUAGUGAGCUUACAGAGCAGCUACGGAAGCUGACUGAUGUGGAGCCCCUUACGGCGAAUGACUUUGCCACUGAAAAUAAACCAAGUGAAUAUCAGGAUUCUGUUGACGAGCCACAAACAAUUCGAAGGUCCUCUUCCAGGAGCCAAAGCAGAGUGCGGUACAUUGCCAAUCGAGCUAAGAAAGCCCAAGAAAGGCAAAGGCUCCAGAGCUUGAUGCAAGGAAAUACAUACUUUGGCUAUACAGAUAACAUCAACGGAAGUACUGCUUGCCCCAUUGAGGAACGAGGAAUACCUGAAGGGGCAUGUUGCAUAGCAAGGAGUCCCUGUGCCAGCCCAAACUUGGUCAAUCUAGCCACAUCUUUAAGAUCCCCUUCUUCAAGUCAGUUCCCUACCUCCCCAGAGCCUGAAAACAGUGAGGUCCUUUUCAAGCUUCGACUUUAUUAA